GUCACAGCCAUCCCUCACAUAUCUGAAAGAACUGCAGAAACAAACUCCACGAGCAGAAGUGAGUGGCCAAAGAUGACGAGGACUGCUCAGCUCGUCCCUCUCCUGGUUGCCGCCAUCUCGGUUUCCUUUUCCGCCGCGGCAGCGUUCAGGUCCACCUCGUCACACCCCGGGCACCUCCAAACCCUCCUGGCCGAAGUGUCACGAUGGCGGGAACGCCAACUGGCCGACCCGUCCUCACACUCAGGCCGCGGCGCGGCGCAUGACCUCCGGCUGAACACCGUCCUUGCAUGGCUCCUCUCCUUCAUGGCAGCGUCCGUGUCGAGCGCCGGCGGCGUGGGUGGCGGCUCGCUGUUCCUCCCCAUCCUGAACCUCGUGGCGGGGUUGAGCCUGAAGCGGGCAGCCACCUACUCCUCCUUCAUGGUCACCGGCGGCGCCGCCUCCAACGUGCUCUACAACCUCCUCUGCACGGCCGGCCGCAGGCAGGCGGCGCUUAUUGACUACGAAAUCGCGCUGCGCUUCCAGCCGUUCCUGCUCCUGGGCGUGAGCAUCGGGGUGGUGUGCAACGUCAUGUUCCCGGAGUGGCUCAUCACCGUGCUCUUCUCCCUCUUCCUCGCGCUCUGCACCGUCAAGACGUGCCGCGCCGGGGUCAAGAUCUGGAGGUCCGAGAGCUGCGGCGCCGCGCCCGACCGCAGCAAGGAGCCCCUGUUACCCUGCGGCGGGGGCGGCGACGCCGAGAACGGCGACCAUGCGGGAAGCGACGACCGCGGUAAUGGCGCCGGCGAGGGGUUCCCGCUGAAGGACGUGGCGCUGCUCGUCAUGGUCUGGCUCUGCUUCUUCGCGCUCCAUGUCCUCCUUGGAGAUAAGCAUGGGAAGGGUGUCAUCAUGAUAAAACCCUGCGGUGUGGCAUAUUGGCUCAUCACCUUGUUCCAGCUUCCUUCCGCUGUGGCUUUCACAUGGUAUAUUAUAUACGCCAAGAGGAAGAAACAAGUCGUUCAUAGCCACGACGAUGACAAGGCAAAUCUGGUGGACAGUAAGAUGGAAACCUUGCCAUCACUGUCAUUCCCACUGGUGGCUUUCGUCACCGGGGCUCUGAGUGGUCUCUUCGGUAUUGGAGGAGGACUGCUUCUGAACCCUGUUCUUCUUCAGAUUGGAAUACCCCCGCAGACUGCAGCAGCGACGUCUUCGUUCAUGGUUCUAUUCUGUGCAUCGAUGUCCAUGGUUCAGUUCAUCCUGCUAGGCAUGAAAGGCAUUGGAGAGGCUUCCGUUUACGCGGGGAUAUGCUUCAUCGCUUCAGUUGUUGGGGUGGUUGUGAUUGAACGAGCUAUCAGGAAGUCCGGGCGGGUAUCGCUGAUCGUGCUCCUGGUCACCGCCAUCAUGGCUCUCAGCACCGUGAUCGUCACAUGCUUUGGAGCACAGGAUGUUUGGAUGCAGUACACCAGUGGAGCAUACAUGGGCUUCAAGUUGCCUUGCUGACAUUUUCAACAUUGAGCGUGAGGUGUUUGUCUUCUUUUGGUGUAGUCUUUACUCUUUACGACUUUCUGAAGGAAGAUUUUGUCCUUGAUAUUUUAAUGGCUAGUUUGGGGCUUACUUACUGAAAUAAAUUUUACCUUCCAAUGA